GUUGUAUAUAUAUAUGUUAUAUGUUAUAUAAGAUAGAAGAUAUAGAAGUAGAAUAGAUAUAAGAAGGAUAUUGUAUUGUACUGUAUUCUUCACUGUCUUGCUAAGAAACAGAGAAUCGUCGGUUAUUCGCGGGCCGCCAGAAAGCGACAAUAAAUCAAUCGCAGAAUCAUCUUUUAAACAGAACUCUGCUUCUUGUCACCUUCUUCUUCUUCUCUUCUUCUUCUUCUCAUCAUCAUCUUCUUCUCUUCUUCUUCUCAUAUCUCUUAUUCUUCUCGCCAUGCCCUCCGCUGACUCGACCCCCUCCAAACUCCUGCCGCCUCCGAUCCAGGACUCCGUCCUCAACCACAUCGGCAACACUCCUCUCGUCAAACUAAACAAGAUCCCUCAGGAAUAUGGCAUAAAAGCCACCAUCCUCGCUAAACUCGAGUACUUUAACGCCGGCGGAUCAGUCAAAGACCGCAUCGCCAAGCGCAUGAUCGAAGAGGCAGAGAAAGACGGUCGCAUCAAACCCGGCUACACCCUCAUCGAGCCCACCUCUGGCAACACUGGCAUCGGUCUCGCCCUCGUCGCCGCCGUCAAAGGCUACCGCACAAUAAUCACCCUCCCAGAGAAAAUGUCCCAGGAAAAAGUCCUCGUGCUCAAAGCGCUCGGCGCAGAAAUCAUCCGCACGCCCACCGAGGCCGCCUGGGACUCGCCCGAGUCCCACAUCGGCGUCGCGCGCAAGCUGCAGAAGGAGAUCCCGAACGCAGUCAUCCUCGAUCAGUACGGCAACAUCGAUAACCCGCUCGCGCACGAGUACGGCACCGGCGCAGAGAUCUGGGAGCAGACGAACGGGCAGAUCACGGCGGUUGUCGCGGGCGCGGGCACGGGUGGUACCAUCACCGGUAUCUCGAGAGCAAUCAAGAAGCAGGACCCGAGCGUGCAAAUCGUCGCCGUCGACCCUGUCGGAUCGAUCCUUGCUGUUCCCGAGAAUCUCAACUCGGAGAUUAAAUCGUACAAGGUCGAAGGUAUCGGCUACGACUUUGUCCCGGACGUGCUCAGUCGCAACGCAGUCGAUCACUGGAUCAAGACCGACGACGCCGAGUCCUUCCACCUCGCGCGGAAACUGAUCUCGGAAGAGGGAAUCCUGUGCGGAGGCAGCAGUGGAUCCGCGCUCGCAGGCGCGCUGCAGUACGCAAAGAACCUAGGCGAGAACGACACGGUCGUGGUGGUCUUCCCCGACAGCAUCCGGUCGUACCUGACAAAGUUCGUUUCCGACGACUGGAUGAUCCAGAACGGCUUCCAGCUCGACUCGACGAUCGUCGACGGCGGCGAAAAAUUCAAGCAGGCCACGAUCGCGGACUUGCAUCUGAAACCGGUGGACGCGAUCGAAGGCAAGAAAACGCUGCAGGAAGCGGUGCAGAUCAUGAAAUCGCACGGAUACGACCAGCUCCCGGUCGUCGACAGCGAGGGCCUGCUCAUCGGCCUCGUCACGCUCGGCCACAUCCUCUCGCGCGUCGCGAGCAAGCGCGUGAGUUUGUCGGCGCCGGUGCAGGACGCGAUGCUGGACUUUGCGCAUCUCGAGGAGACGCACGCGGGUGCGCAUGUGCAUUCGCUUGCUCGCGCGGGCGGGCAUCGGCAUCUGCGACCGAAGCAUGAUCAUUUCGACGUCAUCACGAUCGACACGCCGUUAUCGACUUUGACUGAUUUCUUUGAAUUCAGCUCGGCGGGGGUGGUCACCGAAGCCGGGGCGGGGAAGCAUGCGAAGCCGAUUCAUAUUGUGACGAAGGUUGAUUUGUUGGAGUAUUUGAUGGAGAACGGGACGGAGAUUUAGUCGAGAUUUAGUCCCUGUAUAUCUGUUACCAGUAGUUUAGCAAUAACAAUUAAUCCAUAAC